AUGCGGCACCGGACCCGGGACGGUGCAUCAGGGGACGGUGCAUCAGGGGACGGUGCGUCAGGGGUCGGUGCGUCAGGGGACGGUGCUUCAGGGGACGGUGCUUCAGGGGACGGUGCGUCAGGGGACGGUGCUUCAGGGGUCGGUGCGUCAGGGGACGGUGCGUCAGGGGACGGUGUUUCAGGGGACAUGGAGACGAGGACGGUGCAGCAGAGGACGUUCAGCCUGCCAUCGCCGCACAGCUACCUGCGCAUUACCAUAUCUGUGAAUGUGACCCGCCAGCAGCAGCAGCAGCAGCCGCAGAGGAAAGGCGAGCAAAAAGGGCAGCAGAAAGGCGUGCCGAGGGGCGAGCAGGGGGGUGUGCAGAGGGAGGUGUUGGAGCGGCUGCUGGGGGACUCACUGGUGGCUUUGUUUGGGUCGGUGGGGGCAGGCAGCAUCCAGGCGUCUCUGCUGGUUCUUUCCUGCGACCCCUGUGGGCCCCACUCCGUGGCUGUGCUGCGCUGUGAUAAGAGAACCCCACUCCGUCGCUGUGCUGCGCUGCCACAAGCGGUGAGCUUGGAGGAUGGGUCGGGGAGGGGAUGUAGCAUGCUUGCUACUGCACUCCGCACGAGCAGCAGGUGUGGGCAGCAGCAGCGGCCUAAGGCAUCCCACUAUGAACCCCGCAGUGCAAGUGGUGACACUCGGUGUGUGUGCCGCACUCAGUGUGUCUUAUCCCUGUGUGAAUGUCUAAUCCCUUCCCGCCCCAGCAGGCACGAGCAGCAGGUGUGGGCAGCAGCUGCAGCCAUGAGGCAUCCCACAUUGAACCCCUCAGUGCAAGUGGUGACACUCGCUUCCUCCUUGCUCGCCCUCGCCAACCCCACUCUCCACCUCCCCACGCCUUGA